AUGCGAGGUUUUAAUGAAGAUGAAGUGUGCAGUUUUGUGGAGUUAACAAAAGAGAAAAAUGUUGAUGUAAGAUUUAUUGAGUACAUGCCUUUCAGCGGCAACAAAUGGAAUGAUGGGAAGAUGGUCUCAUUUAAUGAAAUGCUCCAAAUAAUUAGAAAGCAGUGGCCUAAUUUUGAUCCUCUUCCCAAUGGGCCCAAUGAUACCUCAAAGGCAUCCCAUGUCCCGGGCUUCAAGGGAUGCGUGGGAUUUAUUACCUCAAUGAGUGAACACUUCUAUGGCACGUGCAACCGUUUACGGAUAACAGCUGAUGGCAAUUUGGAGGUGUGUCUCUUUGGGAAUUCAGAGAUAUCUCUCAGAGAUGCAAUACGAAGCAAAUGCAGUGAGGAUGACUUGAUUGCCAUGAUUGGGGCAGCAGUGAGAAGAAAGAAGAAACAACAUGCAGGAAAGAAGCAAGAAUUCCUCGGAAGUAAUGGCCGGCAGGAUCGUUUCAAGAAGCGGCAUGGCAUCCAUGAAACUGCCAUCAGUGCCAAAUCAUUAUCUGGGGAUGAAGCUGCUAUGCUGAUUUUAAGAAGAAACUGCACACAAUCAUUGACAAAGGAGGUUAUACUGGCAAUCAACUUUACAAAUGUGAUGAAAUUGGGUUGA